AUUGAAGUCGUUGAUUCUGCACAAUUGUUGCCAAAAUGGACUUCAAAAUCAUUGUGGCAGUAUGUUUGGUCAUAUACUUUAUGAUCCCGGUUGUUUUGUAUUUUAUGAUACCCAAGGAUCCAGAGAUCAACCCGCGAAAGCGAGCGAUCGUGCUGGUGCUGGGCGAUAUAGGGAGAUCUCCACGGAUGCAGUAUCAUGCUCUUAGUUUGAUCGAGACUGGUUUUGUCGUUGAUUUCUGCGGAUAUACGGAAACUACACCGCUGCAGGCUAUCGUCGAAAACCCAGAUAUCAAGAUUCACCCAAUUCGUCCUGCAGAAGAGAUGAGCUUUUCGCGUCUGCCAUUUGCUUUGCGCGCGCCUUUGAAGGCAAUCUACCUUUCAUAUCAACUUUAUUACCUACUAAAGUCGUUGGCUGGCGCAGAAUAUUUGCUUGUCCAGAAUCCCCCGUCUUUACCUACCCUCCUUGUCUCUUAUCUCUUUAUUACGAUUCAAUCCCGUCGCACUAGGUUUAUAAUUGACUGGCACAACUUUGGCUACACGGUUCUUGCUACCAAACUCCAGUCAGACACCCAUUUGUUUGUGAGAAUUAGCAAGUGGUACGAGAAGAGAUUCGGGCGACUCUCGUUCGCAAACUUUUGCGUCACAAAGUCCAUGGCUGAUGUGUUGGUGAGAGACUUUGGUUUGAACUCUUAUCGAAUCAUUCCUCUCCCAGAUCGUCCUGCACGGCAAUUCAAGCCGUUGACUUCCGAAGCAAGGUCGAGAUUACUGGAGUCUAGUGAGAUAUUCACGGGAUUUAACCCUCAAACUGACAAGUUAAUCAUCACAUCGACAUCGUACACGCCAGACGAGGACCUGAACUUCCUCCUCGAUGCUCUUUCACAGUACGACGUCAGCGGCAGCCCAUCUGCAAAUCUCCCUCGCAUUCUAGCAAUUGUCACAGGAAAAGGGCCACUGCAGAAAGAUUUUCUCGAAGAGGUCAAAAAGCGGCAAUGGAAAAACGUAACUGUGCGAACUGUGUGGCUUUCGGCAGAAGAGUACCCUCUUGUUAUCGGCGCAGCGGAUGUCGGUAUCUCCAUGCAUCUGUCAACGUCCGGAUGGGAUCUUCCGAUGAAGAUUUUGGAUAUGUUUGGCUGUGGUGUUCCUGUUCUUGCGCGAAACUUUCCCGCGCUCCCUGAACUUGUUCGCGAAGGAAGAAACGGCUUCACUUUUAACACUGUUGACGAAUUGGCUAAACUAAUGAUAGAAGUCUUUAUGUCCCCACAAAAGCUGCUACAGAUCCGGCAGGGCGCGAAGGCGGAAUCUGGAAACCGGUGGAAUGAAACCUGGCGGAUUACUGCGGGUCCUGUGUUUCAUAUACCCAGUAAAGACGAUCUGACGGAGAUAUAUAGCAGUAGUAGUAGCGAUGAUGAGUAUUGAGGGGUGGGUUGGCCUUAUAUUAAUAAUUUCAUGAUUCAUGAUUGCAUGAUUAUUAUUAUAAAAAUCUUGCUUUUGUUUUGCUGUAUAUAUGUAUGUUAUUAUUAUCAGUAGAUUGUGGAAAUAGAAUAAACUCGGAUAUUUCAAUUCGGCCUGAAAUAAAAUC